GCCGUGCAGUGCGGCGUUCGACUUUUCCCAGAGUGCCGUGCGGAGUUUUCGCUUAGCCAUCUUGUCGAGUUAGUAAGUAAGUGUGAGUGAGUGAGUGAGUGAGUGAGAGAGAGAGAGAGAGAGAGAGAGUGUGCGCGAGUGAGCGAGAGGGGAAGGAAGGGAGGUAGGCAGUUUGUGAAUUUCACUUCUCUGGAGUUCGCGCAAAAGGGACAUACUAAAGGCUUAGUGAAGUGUUCCAGGAGAAUUGUGUGUUACAGUGUUGGCUACUUUUUACAUACCACGCCGGAGAUAAGGCAUCGAUGAUCAUAUUGGCCGGACGGAGCUGAGUCUGUACUUUUCUCGACAGGAUGUCUUACGUACUGAUCCCAAGGUAGAGCGGAGAAAAAGUGUUUAAAAAGGCAAACCAACUGGAUUGGACUCGACCCGCCUCAGACUCGAGUAUCCUUAGCGACCGGGCAUCUUUAUCUGCGACAGCGGCCUGCUGACAACUUGGGAGCCGGGCGAUCAGCUGACAGAGCAGGCCGGCUGGAAGUAGAGGAGAAAGGAAGUUAAAAGUCGCAGAGACAAGGUACGGCAGCAAACGGGGUCGAUAAAAGUUGGAACUGUAUAUAUGCUGAUAUGUAUGGGCACUGAAAUCGUAGAGAAGCAACAGGAGGGAAGCAACUCAAAGAUGUUGUAUGGUCGCUUUGCUGGCGGCAGUAAACUGUGAAAUCGGUUUCCCUCCCCCCCACCUUUGAUUUUUGAUCAAUUGUAAAGUUAACAAGAGGAGAAAAGGGGAGGGGGUGAUAUCUUUCCCAGUGCUCAAUAUGUCUAAGAUGCCGACUAAAAAAAAGAGCUGUUUCCAGAUUACAAGUGUCACCCAAGCCCAAGUGGCAGCUAGUAGCAUAACGGACGAAACCGAGAGUCUGGAUGAUCCGGACGAAUCGCGGACUGAGGACGUCUCAUCGGAAAUCUUUGAUGUUUCUCGGGCUACAGAUUUCGAGCCCGAGGAGGUCUGUGAGAGGAGUUCGUCUGAAGAAACUUUAAAUAACGUGGCGGAGACCGAGGUCACCACCUUGCUUAUACCUCAGGAUGGGCAGCUGGGGACGGUAGGAACCGCACCUCCCAAUGGGACUUUUUCUCCAAGAAGUGUCCUUUUGACAGGUCACUCCGUCGCCGCUAAUAUUGUCCAGGUUUCGGCAGUCAUAUCGGGAGGUGGCCAGCCCCAACCUCCCACUGCUCAAUCAGGAGUGUUGCAGCCCAUCGCCUCGACCAUGUCCUCUGGGCCUGCUACCGCUUCCCAGGUUCCUCCUGCCGUUGCUGCUACAACUUGCAGUUCACGUUUCAGGGUCAUUAAACUUGAUCAUGGUACAGGCGAGCCUUUCAGAAGAGGCAGAUGGACUUGUAUGGAAUUUUAUGAAAGAGAUUCAGAGGGAUCAGUUAUCACCAGGACUGUGGAUAGUAUUCGAAAUGCUAAUGUUUUGGAUCAUAAUACAGACAGAGACAGUGGGUUGGGUGCCACUGGUGGCUCUAUAGUGGCCCCCUCAGCACAUUCAAUGCAAGGACCUGAUGCUACAGGUGACAGUUUAUUUAUUGCUGCCUCCCAGUUGCAUCAGUCUGAGGGGACCACUCCGUCAUCUCAGCAACAAACCUACAGCAUAGGACAACCAAGUGUGGGCGGGUCUGUGGCACAUGGUUGUUUUCAGCCACAAGUGUAUCCCCCACUAACUCUACCCAGCCAACAAAUGCUUGUUCCUCCGGUGCAGACACAGGUCACUACACAACCAUCAGCACCACAAACUCUCUUGCCCCAAGUACACAGUGGGAUAAGUAUUCAGUCGCAGAAUGUGCCAUCACAGCCGCCUGGCAUAGUCAUGCCUUCACAACAGCCAACAAUACAGAAGCCCGCCAGUGUUGCACCAGUGACUCAGCCACAACAGUUUCCUUUUCAGGGUCAACCUUCGCAAGUUCCCCCUGUUCAUCUGUUGCCAACACAAACUACUUUGGUACCAAGUACACAGUCGGAUUAUCUGCAGCAUCUGCCUAUCAUUCAGCAAGCCCAGCAAAAUGUGCAAGGAUCAACUGCUCAGACUCUUCAAGUUUCUAGUCUUCCAGUGGGCCAAUCUGUUAUCCAUGGUUCUUCACCAGUGAUAACACCUGCUGCCCCUGGAGCUCAACUGUUAGGUCUGCAGACUCAGCCAGGUGAUUCAGCAGGCCAAGUUGCUGGAGUCAUCCAGGGCACAUCAGCUCCUGCUCUGUGUGUCUUGCAGCAACAAGGAGGAGGUGUGGUACAGCAAGGUGUAGGAGCUGUGUCUGUAGUUGCACAACAGCAGCCUCAGCCUAUGAGUCAACUCCAGCCUCCAGGGGUGGGUGGAAGCAGUCAAGUUUCAGGAGUGCCCAGCGGUCCUCACCCCGUUGUUGCUGCUAUCCAAAAUGUGCCUGCCAUAGUGCCCACUAUUGGUAUGACAAGUGGGUCUAGUAGUGUGCCUGCUGUAGUGCCCAGUGUGUCCAGCACUCCAGCUACAAUGCCAAAUGUUCCCUCAACAACAGGACAAUCAUCGCUUCCCAGUCAGUCACAGUCUCCUAGGAGUACAACAUUAUCAUCACAGACUGGGGGACAGAUCAUGCAGAACGUAACAAAUAUUGUACCCAACCUUCCCCAGACUAACUUUGUCCAGUUUCAGGCCCAGUCUCAGCCUGCAGUCAGUCAAGCAGAUGAGAACAGAAGGAUGUCUGAUGUCCUACCUCAGCCUCCUGUUAUUUCUGGGAAAGAGCCUCCGAAGCCUCCAGUUCCAGAGAAUCAGUCUGCAGCCACCCCUGUUAACAACCUUCCAUCAGUAUUAAGAAUUCAGCUUCCCAUUGAUGGGGAUGAAGAAAGGAAUCCUUCCACUGCCUUCUACCAAGCCUUUUCUGGUAGCAAGAUCCAGGAUUCAAAGAACAUCAACAAUGGUACAUCUGUAACCAGUGCUGCCAUUGAUAACAAAAUUGAGCAAGCAAUGGAUUUAGUUAAAAGCCAUUUGAUGUAUGCAGUUCGAGAGGAGGUCGAAGUGUUGAAGGAGCAGAUUAAAGAAUUGUAUGAGAGGAACUCUGUGCUAGAAAGAGAAAACGCACUUUUAAAAUCGCUGGCAAACAAUGAACAGCUGUCUCAGCUUUCCGUACAGCUCACCAGUCCCAGUAACUCUUCUUUGCAGCAGCAACAGCAUUCUGCAGCGCCUCCGGACAUCAGCCAGCCAACGCAACUUCAGCAGCAGCCGCCUAAUGUCUCCUCUUCGUGAAACUUUGUGGGAGAAAAGAUAUAUAUAUAUAUAUAUAUAUAUAUAUAUAUAUAUAUAUAUAUAUAUAUAUAUAUAUAUAUAUAUAUAUAUAUAUAAUAUAUUAUUUUUUUUAUUUGCUCUGGUGGCUUCUUUCCUUUACCAGUCUGCAAGUGAAGAGCCAUGCUUUGAUGUAUUUGCUGUUUGGCCUUCCCAGUAUUAGACAAUCAAGUGAUGGAAAGCCUGAGGUGUCCAGGUUGUGAAUGUAGCUUACUGUGAUUGGCUGCAUGGAUUCGGUUACGGUGUGGUAGCCGUGGACAAUAUACAUGGGACACCUUGAUCUACCAAGGCUUCUGUGGAGUUUUGUUUUGGCCUUGUCUUCAAAUUGUAAGAAAUGUGAGUCUCCUUACCAAGUCGCCAUGCAUCAGUCUAGGCAAUUGCACACACAAGUUCAGUUUUACUUUUGUGUUUAUUUAUUAGAGGGCUGCUAUUUUCAUAAUGCAAAUAAACAUUGUCACAGAAUCAAUUUAAUUCUGAAUAUUUUAAAUGCGUAAAAAAAAAUUGGUAAUGCAAUGUAUGGGUGGAAUUGCAUAAGAUAGUUAAGAUAUAUAGGCAAUAAAAUUAAAUCCUGGCAUAGAGCUAACACUAAUGGCAAUUUUACUUUUGGGAUUGUUUAUUUACAAUAGUUUAGAUCCAGUUUGAAUGUAAAUUUUGUAUAGAGUGUAAAGUAUAAGAGUGUAGCAAGCUUGUACAGUUAGAAAUCAGUUCUCAUGAUAUUACAAAAAAAGUAAAAUUGUGAUGGGCAAUUUGGAUGAAGAAAAACCUUGCUCAUUUCUGCUAUUAGUUUCUUUAUUCAAAAAAGAAAAAUGCCAUACUUCCCUCUGCUUGCUUUCUUUUUUUAAAUGGUAAAAAGUAAGCAUUUUUUGCAUUUUUGUGGGGGGAGAAGAAAGAGAACAGAAGCUGUGAAAUAGUUCAACCUACUUUGUAACCAAAGAUGCAAAGCUGUGUAAUUCAAGUUUAUUUUAUAAUGCACACUCUGUAUUUUUCAUUUAUUCUAUUUUUGUUUUCUUCACGCAUCAUUACUUGCUGUUUAGCAUGUCCUGCAUGAUCUGUAUUUUUUUUUUCCAAACCACUUUCUUACCUCAAGUUUUUAUUCAGCACUCUUAUUGUAACAUAAUUUAGUCUGUGAACAUUGUCUAUGACAAACGAAUCAAGAGCUGGUGUUAAUGGAGAAAAGCUAGUGUUACUUGGGCACUAGUAGGAAAAUGAAGUGAGCCAUCUUUUGUUCAUUUGAAUGGUGUUUUUUGAAUUUCAUAUGCAGAAGAAAAGUUUUGUUACAGUGCAGAUUUUAGUGUAUUUAAUAAAUGCAACAUUCAGAAUCCAAGUGUAGUGUACACUGAGUAUUUAAAUUAAACUUGUACAUUUCAUAAAUACAGUUUGAAAAGAUAA